AUGUCGAAGCUAUUACCUGCCAAUUCAAAAGACUCGUUCGGUUUGAUCAAACCGGAAGAAAUUGAUGAAGAAUUUGGAGAAGGUGGAGGAGGAUUAGAAGGGAGAAAGAGAAGGAAGGGGAAUAGGUGCUGGAAAAAGAAGGAGGAGAAAAGCAAAUUGCUAUUGUUAUUUCAUUUUGUUUUAACUACAUUUUCUUGUUUUUUCUUAGGAUCUCUUGGAAGCAAGUAUUUUACAUUGGUCAACUAUUCACCCGGAACGUUUUACAUUGGAACACAGAAAGAGAUAUUAAAAAGUGGUGUUACAGCUAACCAAGUUCAAGUAGCAGGUUCCCCGGUACUUCAACAGCUACGCCAGAACCAGUUUAGCUUUGACAUGGAAUUGUGUGACGGAGUUGCCAUGAGUACGGGAUCAUUUGUUGUUGCAGACGAAACAGCCCCCAAGUCAGGAGUCCUGUUGCAGUGUUUUAAAAGACCAGAAAAUGCAUUUGACCUGGUGGAGGUUAUCGCAAUCAUGACAACAAACAUGAUUUACGAGCAGCUGUUCAAGAACAAAGUAUCAAUGUCAUCAUAAACCCUUCCCUGGGAGCACUCUUUACGGUGACUCUACACACACCGAACAGGGAUCCAGGAAUUACACCAAUAAAACUUUCCUCACAAUGUACAUUUUCAUCAAUAUUCUAUGAUUUUGUUUAACAUUACUUUACAAAUGAUAAGAGAUCUUUCAAAUUUCAAAAGUCAUUCAAUUUCAUAAACAUCACUCACAAUAUAAAAUAAUGUCACAUUUCCCCUAAUAUCUGUUGGCAUAGAACAAUGAAUAUGCCUCCGUG